AUUGGAAAUGGGAUAAAUACUUCUAAACUACAUAUGAUUCCACUUCCUGAGCACAUGAAAGUUGGUCCUGACAUACGAUCUCUUAUUGAUGUAAUUUAUCCCAAUAUACAACUAGGAAUACUCAACGAUGAAUACCUAAAAGAUAGAAUGAUUUUAUCUGCUCGCAAUGACGAUGUUCAUAAUAUUAAUUGUGCUGUUCUUGACAUGUUUCCUGGAGAAAAAUGUACAUAUUUAAACACUGAUAGUGCUAUUAUAGAAGAUGGGGCUGACAACAACAAUGUAUAUCCCAUUGAGUAUUUAAACACUCUUAACCCAUCUGGAAUGCCACCUUCUAAACUUGCCCUUAAAAUCGGAUGUCCUAUUAUCCUUCUUCGCAACCUUGCUCCUUAUCAGGGUCUUUGCAAUAGCUCCCGCUUAGUUGUAAGUCGUCUUACAGAUCAUGUCAUUGAAGCACGUAUCCUUAGUGGAAACUAUGCUGGAAAAUUAGUUUUUAUUCCUUGCAUUACUUUAACACCUUCAACAGCAAACCUACCAUUUGUUUUUAAACGAAGACAGUUUUCAAUUUGCAUUGCAUUUGCUAUUACUAUAAAUAAGUCUCAGGGCCAAUCACUAAAGCAUGUUGGCCUGGAUCUUUGA